CUGAUAACAAACGACGAUAAGUUUCAGAAAUGAAAUAAGUCUGGUGGUUAGAUAUACAAAUUUCCUGAUAUAUUUCAAUCUUUUCUACCUCGCUAUCAACAAUAGAACAGCAAUGUAUCUGUUCAAGAUUUUGACGUUCCUGCCUCUGCUUGUUUUAAGCAAGGCUGAAGACGAACUGAUCGCUGUGUCAGCGUUGAUCCGACAUGGCGCAAGGAUACCAAAUUCUUUCUAUCCCACAGACCCUUACAGUAAUGUCACAUGGCCAUUCGUAUUGGGAGAUUUGACAAAUCUCGGCAUCACAGAGAUGUUCCACGUGGGUCAAUGGCUCAGAAGGAAGUAUUCGAAGUUCUUGUCCGAAAAAUACAAACCAGACGAACUCUACGCCCAUUCUGUGGAUUUCGAGAGGUGCUACAUGACUGGCGAAGCAACGCUGGCUGGUCUCUAUCCACCCGUUGGUGAGGAAAUAUGGAACAAUCGCAUUCGCUGGCAACCAAUCCCGAUACAUGGAUCACCCAACAGCCAAGACAUAGAAACGAAUAUGUUGGAACCCUGUCCCAAAAAGUAUCAGGCUGUCUCUAAUCUGAUUUUCGAUUCUCCAGAGUAUCCAGCUAUCAUCAAGAAAUACGGGCCACUCCUAGAUUACCUCAGCCAAAUGGCAGGAGAAAACAUAACACUGCCAUCAUUAUAUCCUUUCUUCGAUACCUUGUUCAGCGAGAAAAAACUUGGCUUGCCGUUGCCGAAAUGGGCUGAAGAAGUUUACCCCCAAAUUCUUCCAGCUAUAGUGCUCUACACUAAAUUGAAUUCAAUGACUCCUCUUGAGGUAGAGGUGCAAACGGGUCCCAUGGUCACUCAGCUCUUAAACCAGUUUCAACGCGCCAUAUCUGGAGAAGAUUUUGGCACUACCAGUACGAUCUACAGGAAGUUUAUGAUUUACUUCUCGACAGAAUGGAUGCUUUACGAUUUCACGUAUGGUCUUGGUUUGGAGGGUAUCGGAAUACCCGAAUAUGGUGCCUUGUAUUUGAUCGAGCUCAGGAGGAAUUCGAAAAAAGGCUAUUACGUCAAUAUUUUGUACAGAAGAUCAGCUACUCCAGGAACUAAAGCAGUCCCUUGGAGAUUCAAAGGAGAUGGAUAUAGUCCCAGUUACGAGAGUUUCAAGAAGUACUUGGAACCCAUGAAAACUAAUACCACACAGUGGGUACCAAUGUGUUAUAAUCUCACUGGUGCACAACCUAAAACAGGAACUGGAGUUCCUAUAUCUUAGUGCAAUUCCAUUUCGUUUCGAUUAUGUAGGUGGAGAACAUAUUUGAAUGUAAAUUGUAGGUAAAUACAAUAAAAUAAAUAUUCAUUGUUAA